AUGAAGUUCAGCGCCCUCUUCUCGGCUCUCAGCCUUAUCGCCUCCGUUACGGCCCUCCCCAUCACCUUCAACCGCCGCUCCGCCCUCCCCUUCGUCGGCGGUGUCAACCUCGCUGGUUGCGACUUCGGCAUGAGCACUGACGGCACUUCGGGCACCUCGUACUGCCCUGGCACCAGCCAGAUCUCCCACUUCGUCGACCAGGGCGCCAACGUCUUCCGUCUCCCUGUCGGCUGGCAGUACCUCAUGACCUCGGCCUCGUCGACCUCGCUCGACGGCUCGCAGGUCUCGACCUUUGACACCAUGCUCCAGGCUGUCACCGCCACCGGCGCCUACGCCCUCAUUGACAUCCACAACUACGCUCGCUGGAACGGUGCCAUCAUCGGCCAGGGCGGCCCCACCGACGCUCAGUUCGCCAAGCUCUGGUCGCUCCUCGCUACCAAGUACGCUAGCAACGACAAGGUCAUCUUCGGCCUCAUGAACGAGCCCCACGAUGUCGACAUCAACACCUGGGCCACCACUUGCCAGACCGCCGUCAACGCGAUCCGUGCCGCCGGUGCCACCACCCAGACCAUUCUCCUCCCCGGUAACUCUUGGGACACCGCCUCGUACUGGUCUGGCGGCAACAACGCCCCCAUGCUCGACAUCACCGACCCCUCGUCGUCGGACAAGUCGCUCCUGGUCCUUGACGUCCACAAGUACUUUGACUCGGACGGCUCGGGAUCGUCGACCACCUGCACCAACAACGGCCUUGACCUCUUCACUCCCCUCCUUACCUACCUGAAGACCAACAACCGCAAGGCCUUCGUCUCGGAGUUCGGCGGUGGCAACAACGACGGCUGUGUCUCCUACGUUUCCGAGUUCCUCACCUACAUCACCGCCAACGAGGACUACUUUGCCGGUUUCACUGCUUGGUCGGCCGGUGCCUUCGCCACUGACUACACCCUCUCGCUCACCCCCAACUCGGACGGCUCUGACCAGACUCUCUUCACCGGCGCCAUCAAGCCCUACCUCCCCGGUGUCUCCUCGUCCACCUCGACCACCAAGGCCUCGACCUCCGCCGCUGCUACCACCUCGACUAAGGCCGCUACCACUGUUGCUACCACCUCGACCAAGGCUGCCACCACUGUUGCUACCACCACCAAGGCUUCGACCACCUCGACCAAGGCUACUGUUUCCUCCGCUGUGGCCUCGACCGUUGCCGCCGCCACGACCUCUGCUGGUGCGUCCUCGUCUUCCAUUGUUGCUGCUGUGGAUCUCGCGACCUCGGGCACUGCGACCUCGGCCGGCUCUUGCUCAUCCUCGUCAGCCGCUUCGACCUCUACUGUCACCAAGUGGGGCCAGUGUGGUGGCGCCAACUGGACUGGCAGCACCACCUGUGUCUCGGGCUCGACCUGCACUUACCAGAACGACUGGUACUCGCAGUGCCUCUAA